UUCUAUUUCUAUGGUAUCCGCCAAUGUUUACGGAAGUAGAGAAAACCCGGAGAAUUAGCCACAGUCAGGGUGAAUGGAAUUCAGAUUUGAUGUUCUCCUCGUUAUUUGUGCUGAAGUUAGAACACUGAAAUUCAAUUCCUCUGCCCGAACUUUAAUGCACAUAUGAAACGUCAGGUCUUACAAGACAAGUAAUUGUAACCAAACUAAAACAUAAUAGUUUUGCCAAUUAUGCAAGCUUAAGUAUAUUUUUUAAAAUGCAGAAGCAUCCUGAAUUUGAUCAUCUGCAAUUGGACUUGCAAACAAAUAGUUCAAAAUUCCGUGUCCUGGUCGGUUUGACUGGUAGUGUAGCUUCACUCAAGGCGCCUUUGUUGGUAACACAACUACUUGAAAUUCCAGGGGUUGAUGUACGUGUGGUCACCACAGACCAUGCCACUCAUUUUUAUGAUUUUGCUGAAGUUCCUGUCCGUGUCUACACAGAUAAGGAUGAGUGGGAGAUGUGGUCAAAGCGCUCUGAUCCUGUGCUUCAUAUUGAACUUAGACGUUGGGCGGACCUUUUAGUCAUUGCCCCACUGGAUGCAAACACGCUUGGCAAAAUUGCAAGUGGGAUUUGUGACAACCUUCUGACAUGUGUAGUGCGUGCCUGGGACACAACCCGUCCUCUGCUCUUCUGUCCUGCUAUGAACACAGCCAUGUGGCAGCACCCUAUCACUGCACAGCAAGUGGCCACACUUAAAGGCUUUGGCUACACUGAGAUCCCCUGUAUUGCCAAAAAACUUGUCUGUGGAGAUGAAGGUAAAGGUGCCAUGGCAGAGGUUUCAACUAUUGUUGAUACUAUUAUACAAUACCUCCAAAAACCUGCUGAAUGACCCUGUAUUUAUCAUACCAGGGCCAGCAAUCAGGAGAGACAAGGUUACAAUCAACAACAAAAAAAGACAAGUUUACGGUGUUAGUAUGUUGUAUACAGGUUUGAUAUUUUAGUCUUUUACAAUUAAUGUGAAAUAAUAAUUAUUGUGAUACAAUAAUUUUUUUCAUGCAUCUCUGUAAUGGUUGUAUUCUUUAUAUCUAUUGAUUUAUGAACAUAAAUGUUAAAUACAUUAUUUUUUUGAUAUUUAAAACAUGGUUCUGCCUCUAAACGUUUGACAGGUUAUUCCUCAGUCUUUGGAACCGUUGUGCCCUGGUAACUGGUCUUUAAUAUGAAAUGAAGUUACAGAUGUAAGUUUCGGGAGGAGUUCGCUUAUCUUGUCCUAUCAUAUCUCAAGGUUAUAUAAGAUGCCUCUUGCCUCACUUCAGUGGCAAUCCUAAGAGCAUCCCUCUGCCUCCCCAUAGCCACCUUUAAAUUUCUUAACACCUACAUCAUUUAUUAUGUCAAAAUUCUCUUUAUUUUCCUUCCAUUAGUCUGAUUGUCAAGGGGGGUGUGAGUGACCAAGCUGACAGGCAUGAGGAGUCAGAAAAUAUAUUUCCAAAAAUAUAGGCUUUUAUUUAAUAAACAAAAAAGACUACUUAUUUACACACACACACACACAAAAAUAGGAAAUUCCUAACAAAACAGACCUUCACUAACAAAACAGAACCUCUAGACUGAGACAUGGGGAAACUUAUAUAGUGGCUGAUCAGGCCAUUCUGACACAAAAGGGGGUAGACAAACACAUAAUACUGUAUAUAAACUAAGGGUAAUCAAUCAAAUAAUUAUAACAACAAAAACAUAACUAGCAAAGAAAAGAACACAACCCAAAUAGACAACUCUGCCACCCCCAUGAUAUUGGAGAACAUGGUGCGGUCCAAUUAUCCAUCCCCUACUUAAACAGCUUGGAUUUAGUUGGAAGUCCUUUUGUGAGCCAGCCAGAGACACCCAGCAGCAACUCUCCAGGAACUGAAUGAUCCUGAAAUUAGCCAAAUUGACAGUUAACUAAAUGUGUGCACCUAAAUAGAUAACUGAUGUCAAAUAACUAAUAAAACAGUUUUAAAACUAAUAUCGGUGUGUCCAGUUAUUUAUUUUGUAUUAUGUAAUGUGAAAUGAAAGAGUUCCCACCGUGAGUUGUUUCUUCCAUGUGUGGCUGCUAGUACAGCCAUCACAGGGGGUAUCUUAGAAGUCGAGCCUAGUCUUGUGCUCGAGUCCAUCCGUUAUGGACAGCAUGCCAAAUUUGUUUAACUUAAUGUGCUCUAGGAUUAUAUGAACCAGUGAACUUGUGAAACUAAUUAUGAUAGAUGAUAAGACUGAGUGGUGGUGACUUAGUGGCUAAAGCACAGGGCUGUUAAUCAGAAUGUCGCUGGUUCGAACCCCACGGCCACCACCAUUGUGCCCUUGAGCAAGGCACUUAACUCCAGGUUGCACCGGGGGGAUUGUCCCUGUAAUACUUGCACUGUAAGUCGCUUUGGAUAAAAGCGUCUGCCAAAUGCAUAAAUGUAAAUGUAAGACUCCCACAGCCUAUUUGAUAGAGACCAUCAGAGUUAUUACCACAUAACUUAUUUGAUACUUAUGACCAAUUAAGAGACAAAUAGGACAUCAUGUUGGACAUUACUUGCAGUACUAAACGAUAUAUUUCUCAUAAGUUUCAUGCAGUGAGAUGUGCUCACUGUAUCAAAUAAAUCAGUCCAUAAAAGAGGUAAUCACAUGUGCUCAGAUUUCUAAAUGCAAUGUGUCUGUCCAGCAGUGUCAGUUUGC